AUGAGCAUGGUUUGGAGAACCCACCCAGGAUACUGGACCGCCAGCUCCAUGGACAAUAUCCUUCAGAUGAUGGAGGUCGCCUGGCGUCAAAUCAGCGCAGCCAGAGGCAGCACUGUCAAGCUGGCCAAUCCAGAACACAACCUGUUGGUGAGCUUGGAAUCUGCCCGGGACUUCAUGCUUGGUAUGCUGACCGAACCAGAUCCUGGACGCAGACAUCUUGAAGAGGUCUUUGGAGGCGAUUGCAGCAGAAUUGCGCAGGUUCGGGCUAUCCUGGAUGCCGUGAAGCUUUCAAGUAGAAUCGUCGGCGACGACCGCGUCAUCUCUUGCAUGAAUGCAGUGAAGUCCGUCGAGAGUGUCCUCAAGAAGGACUGCGGGGCUGCCGCACGCCUUUCAGAGGCCCAAAGAAAGGAGUUGAAGAGGAUACAUGACAAGCAAAGUAGGUUUGAAGCGAGACAUUUACGUGGAGAGUUUUCGCCCUUGAAGAGCAGCACUGCCAGGCAGUCUUUCCUCUUGAGCGCAACUGGUCGAGGUGAAGAAAUCGUACCAGCUGUAAGUGGCAAUUUCUCCCGGCCGCGGAGUGCUUCAACCUCUGCGAUUGGAGGAGAUGACGAUAAUGAGAACUGGAAGGCUCUCAGAGACACCUGGGAAUCUGGAAGCCUUUUUCACACACGGGUCGAAGCGUUAAAAGAGCCUCAACGCUCCGAAAACGCGGACGUCAAUGGUUGCAGAAGUAGAUCAUCGUCGAGCUCAGAGGUUGCGCACCCUUGUGGAGCACUUGCGAAGAGAGACGGAUUAUUAUAUUGUCAAUCAUUAGUACAGUAA